AUGAAGGUUUUAAAAGCUUUAGUUGUAUUCUUUUCUUUUUUACUUGCCAUGGUUCAUGGCCAAUAUGUUUUAUUGGAAAGUUAUGAAAAAGGAUCUUCAUGUUCUGGUGAAUCUUUAAUUCAAGGCACAAUUUUGACCAAAACAUGUUUCUACGAUGAUUAUAUUUCCAGAAUUUUCUUAGUUUCUGGUAAUAAAGUUAUUGAAAGAAAAUACGUUGAUAUGCAAUGCAACCAAUUUCUUGAAGAGGUAGUUUAUGAACCAAACUAUUGUAAUUCUACAAGUGGUGAUACUUUAAAAUACUCGAUUUUAGACAAAAUAGAAAUCCCAUCAGAUGUUUAUGUUACCGUUGACUAUAGUGGUGCAUGUAAUGGUCAUUAUAAAGAUACUUUUAUAAACUUUGAUUAUUAUAAUUUAGAUUAUUGUAGCUCAUAUAACGGUGUAUCAAGUAAAAUGUCUUGUAAUUCAACUUCAAUUUUUACUUAUACAUAUAAAAACUUAGAAUGUUCAGGUUCCCCAUCUCGUACCGACGUCACCCAUUUUUUAGAUUAUUGCACUUCUUAUGAGGGCACCUACAAUCAUGUAGAAUUUUGCAACAAAUAG